ACAAAUAUUUAUUUAAGCAGUAAAAAUUUUGCCAGAAAAUGAUAUAUCAAUAGCUUCAAAUGCUACAGAAUGAUUAUGGCACACCCAGACAAUUCAGCUCAAUUAAAACAAGCUUCCUUCAUGUCCCCAGUGCCAUGUAGGCAGUUAACAAUACCGAAACGCAUAGCACCUCCGCUAUGUUUGUUUGCUUACCGUAACAUUAAUUCAGUAUCUGAAACUAGUGAACUUAAACUCAAAUAGGACACAAAAGUGACUUCAUGGGUUGGUAUGCUUUUUAAAGUGGCCUAGGGAUGCCCAAAGAGAAAUAUGAGCCGCCGGAUCCCAGGCGAAUGUACACUAUAAUGUCCAGUGAAGAAGCUGCAAGCGGGAAAAAAUCAUACUGGGCUGAGCUUGAAAUAAAUGGUAAAGUGCGGAGUCUUAGCUCAGCCCUGUGGUCACUCACUCACCUCACCGCUUUGCAUCUCAGUGACAACUCGCUGUCACGCGUCCCACCUGACAUUGCCAAGCUACACAACCUUGUGUAUUUGGACCUGUCAUCCAAUAAGAUCAGGAGUCUGCCAGCAGAACUUGGCAAUAUGGUGUCUCUCAGGGAACUGCUUUUAAAUAACAACCAGUUGCGGGUUCUGCCAUUUGAAUUGGGGAAACUGUUUCAGUUGCAGACACUGGGGCUAAAAGGAAAUCCACUUGCACAAGAUCUCAUGAGCCUCUACCAGGAACCAGAUGGCACUCGACGGCUGCUGAGCUACCUUUUAGACAAUCUUGCCGGUGCUAUCAAACGCAUGCCAGCAGAACAGCCCCCGUCCAGGUCAUGGAUUGUACUGCAGGAGCCUGACAGAGCCGGGCCUUCAGCCCUCUUCUCAGUAAUGUGCUACAAUGUGCUGUGUGCUAAGUAUGCUACGCGUCAGCUCUAUGGCUACUGCCCACCAUGGGCCCUGAGCUGGGAGUACAGGAAAAAGGCCAUUAUGCAGGAGAUUCUUAGCUGCAAUGCUGACAUCAUCAGCCUACAGGAAGUGGAGAUGGAGCAGUAUUACAGCUACUUCCUGGUAGAACUGAAAGGACAGGGAUAUGAUGGAUUUUUUAGCCCGAAAUCCCGAGCCAGAACCAUGUCUGAAUCGGACAGGAAACACGUGGAUGGAUGUGCAAUAUUCUACAAGACUGAAAAGUUCAGCGUAGUGCAGAAACACACAGUGGAGUUCAACCAGUUAGCCAUGGCCAACUCGGAGGGCUCUGAGCUCAUGCUCAACAGGGUUAUGACCAAGGACAACAUUGGCGUGGCUGUGCUACUGGAAUUUCGCAGGGAAGUGAUGGAGAUGACAUCAAGUAAGAUUUUCCAUGGCAUGGAUAAACAGCUUCUCCUAGUGGCCAAUGCUCAUAUGCACUGGGACCCGGAGUUCUCAGAUGUGAAACUGGUGCAGACCAUGAUGUUCCUGUCGGAGGUGAAGAACAUCUUGGAUAAGGCCUCGCGCAGCCUCAAAGUCCCUCCCCUUUCUGGGGACAGCAGCACCAUUCCUCUGGUGCUCUGUGCCGAUCUCAACUCACUGCCGGAUUCAGGCGUGGUGGAGUUCCUGAGCACAGGUGGUGUAGACUGCACACACAAGGACUUCAAAGAGCUGCGCUAUAGUGAGAGCCUGACCAACUUCAACUGCAACGGCAAGAACGGCGUGCCCAGUGGUCGCAUCACGCACGCCUUCAAGCUGAAGAGCGCCUACUGCAGUGGACUCAUGCCUUACACCCACUACACAUUGGACUUCAAGGGUGUCAUCGAUUACAUUUUCUACUCUGAGCCACAGCUCAAAGUGUUGGGGGUCUUGGGGCCACUGGAUCCUGACUGGAUGUUAGAGAACAACAUCACUGGCUGCCCACAUCCUCACAUCCCCUCCGAUCACUUCUCUUUGUUUGCACAACUGGAGCUGGUCCUGCCUCACAUUCCCGCUGUCAAUGGAGUCCAUCUGCCUGGACGCAGGUAGUGAGACUGUCCUGCCACCGGGGGACAAUGCAGAAUCCCCACCGCUGACACUUUUUUCUGGAAACUUAUUGAAAACGACCGAACCUCUAAACUACACUUUUUUUCGAUUAUUGUUUUAUGUGCAUUUUAAAUUCUCUUUAUCGUGCAUUUGCAUUCUUUAAUCCUGACAGAGCCAAAUUUGCUCAUAGAUGCUGGGAGGACCUGGUUCCUCUUGAUGAGUUCAGCUAUGUUUUAAUGUUGCGCAUUGCAUGGACUUCUGUUGAACCACUUUAUCCCAUUUUGGUAUUUGGUUGUCAUAAAGGCAUUAGAUGUUCUUAGGAGUUUGUGCUGGGAUGCAGAAGCCUGUAUGUGUAGGUCACUUACACGUGUCAGGUUUGUGAUGUGGUGAGCCAGUGCUUGGCCACACACUGGAGGAUGGUUUGGACUAAAGGAAGUUUAGGAGGUCGUAAUGCCACCAGAUAGUCAGGUCUUCAUCAAAAGCCAGCAAUGAUUUCUCUGAGUAUUCAACCAAGUGCAUUUAUACCUCCUCUUUCCUAAGUCCUGAAUGGAUUCAAAGACUAGCUUAAAGAUGAGUGCAAUUACCUGUAUGAAAUCUGACAAGCAAUAGCUCACUCAGCAUCUUGAAUUUGUGUGGUGGUGGUGGUGUUUUGUUUUGUUUUUUUAAUUUAUUUUAUAGCUAUUACCUGAUUUUAGUGAAAUGCUCAUUUUGACUGUAAGAUGUCUCUUGGUGUUGCUUACAUGGGUGCCAGUCUUGAUGUGCUCCAGCCCUGGAAGCUGUAGGAGGGUGGAGAGCUGAUCAGCUCGCGUGGUGCUGCGACUCCUGUCUGUUAUCUCCAUAUUAACUCCAUAAUGGUGCAAUAUCCCAAACAGCAUAAUCAUGCAAGACAUUUGCAGUUAAGAAACUGGCAGAAUGUUUUUAAGCUAACGUGAAUGUAAAAGACCUCGAAUGCACUAUUCUUUCGUUCCUUACUUUUUCUUCUUCCCUAUCUCCCCACAUUACCUGAGAGGGUUCACAAAAUAAUUGGGUGAAUCCCUCACCACUCCCUUUUGCACGUUUUUAUUCAUGCCCUUGAAACAUGUUCUCCUUUUUGCUUUUCUGUGUGAUUGACCUAUGCACCUGUGUUUGUUUAUCUAAAAACAAAAUAUACACACACACACACAAUGGCUGUGACUUCACUGUGGAAUCUUCCACCUAGUACAGGGGUUGCAUGUAGGUAGAAUCACCUAGUUUAUGGGAAGGGAAGGCUGGUGGGUAAUACGAGAAUACUUCAGCCAGAGAGUCUGGAUUCAACCAGCAUCCGUUCACUGUGUUGGGUGUAGAAGGGGGUACUGUUCCUCUUUUGCAAGCCCAGCAUAUACAUGCUCAUACUCUCAAGGUCUGUAGCACUGUCGUUUGUGGCCAGUAGUUUUUUGCCCUGCCAUGAAUCCCCUUUUAUUGUCCUGGUGAGGUUUUCUCUAAGUGUUUUUACAGAUGGAGACAAUGUAUACGCAUUUAAUCUAUACUUGAUCCACAUGUAAGGAACGUGUUUUUUUUUUUUGUUGUUGUUGUUUUUUUUGUUAGUGUGUGUUUU